GCAGCUGCCACACUUGGUGCAGCAAGUGGAACCACUGGCUCGGUGGGUUCACUAGGUUUUCCAGUUUAAUUUUAAACUGCAGGUAAAUAGCCCAGGUAACGUACCAUGAAGCUGGUCACUGUGUUCCUGCUGGUGGCCAUCAGCAUUUGCAGUUACUCUGCCAGCGCCCUCGUCCUCGGCGUUUUGUCACCUGUCAGCAGUGUCUCACUUGUACCUGUGGACAAAAUUCUCCCCCUCUUGGGCCCAUUAAAGCUACUUCUGAAAACUCUGGGCAUUUCUGUUGAGCAUCUUCUGGAAGGGCUGCGGAAAUGCGUGAAUGAGCUGGGACCGGAGGCUGCGGAUUCCGUGAAGAAACUGCUGGAGGCCCUCUCGUAUCUGGUGUGACAGCGGAACAGAGCAGGAGCGGAGGUGGGAGGGGAUGGCGCUCUCCUUCCUUCUUCAAAUGCAGUGACCCUCGUAGAGAAUGAAUAAAGCAAUGAAGUGA